GAAAUGGGAGCGGAAGUCACAGGCAGUCCUUCUGGGCAGAGGCAGUGGAAAACCCACUGAAAAUCCCUUCUCUCUCUUUCUACAGGGACCAAGCUACAGGGACCAAGGAGCUGUUGCAGCCACAAGAUGGCAGAAACUCCAUCAUCCUGGUCUUUGAAUAAGAUGGCCUUCCCAUCUGCAAUGGGUCUUCUUGCUGGAAGAGGGUGUGGAGACAGCAGCAUGAACGGCUUCCUUCUAGUCUUCACUAUUCUGACAGUGGCUGCAGCAACAACGACCGGAACACCACCAGCAGAACACGCAGACUCAGUCGAGCAAUUCUAUCAGGAGAAUGUCCAAAAUGAAUCAACCUGUUUGGUCUUCCUGAACUCAGAAAAGGACACCUGUCUGGGGACCCUGAUCCACAAACAGUGGGUUCUCACCGCAGCACACUGCUUCUUACCAUUUCUUGAGAUGGAGAUUGCUAUUUCAGAUGAGCGUUUCCAAAAAAGGAUGGAGAGCUUAAGACCCAUGCUUAUUAUUCCACAUCCAAGUUUCAAACAGGAUUCUGCUGAGCAUGACAUAGUGCUCAUCAAGCUGACACACCCCCUAAAGCUCAACGACCAGGUAAAACUGGCAGCUGUGCCCAGCCCCACGACCAACAGGAUGGACGGCUGCGCUGUUUUUGGCUGGGGCUGGUCAUGGCAGAAUUCUGAGCCAAAGCCUGAUGUCAAGAUAAACCAGACUGUCUCUUGCUUCCCUAAUGAACAUUGUGAAGCUUCCCCUAUAGGAAAAGUGCCUGUUAAGAUCACAGAGAACAUGUUCUGUGCAGGAUUGUCUCUGGAGAGCAAACACACAUGUAAGGAAGUACUUGCUGCCCCAAUCCUGUGCCAAAAUCAGCUCCAGGGGAUCUUAUCCUGGUCAGAAGGGUGUGUUCUAAGAGGUGACGUUGGCUACUACACCAAGGUUUCUCGCUAUACAGACUGGAUCCACAGAGUCAUCAGCACCUACUGAACUCUCCCUGUUCCCUCUCCCAGCAGCCUCAGACCUGGGUCUACCAUCCGUGACCCUGUUUCCCUCUAGCCCCAGAAAAAGACGGGAAUAGAGUCUUUGGUUGUAAGAAGGUUUCUCUUCCUUCUGUUCCUUCUUGAAUGCUCUUCUCCUUUCUCAGUCCCAACCUGAAUGAUCAUUGAAGGAUUUGAGCUGGAUAAUGUGGCUCAGAUGGUUAAGAAUCCAC